AUGAGCGAAAAGGAUUCAAAUGUCGUGUUUCGACCCGAUAAAACUCCGAUUCGGUUCUUCAAAGCAUGUCGGUGGUGUCGGCGACAGAAAAUGCGUUGUGACGCGCGCAAUCAAAUCCCAUGUUUCCGCUGUCGCUCUUCUGGCCGCGAUUGUAUCAUUGAUCCUGUUAGCAGUGGAUCUCGUCGUGAACGCAGCCACAAAAGUACUACGCCAAUACGACGUUACAUCGAGAAUUCACCAAUUCAACGCGCUGCUGCCUUUCAAAGUCCUGCAUCUACGGAACAGGACUUCUCACUCGUCACUCUAAGGUCUCAGAAUAGCGGACAAAACGAGCCAGAGUCUCAACAGUUGAGUACAAAUGAAAUGAUUGCGCCAGUAUCCGCAGUUCAUUCAAUGUCCGUAAACUUGCUAGGCUCUGAAAAUAUCUUUAUGGAAAAUUCAACAAAUGGCGACCAGAAAGGUGACAUUAUUUCUCGCGGCAUCGUAAGCGAGGAGCUCGCCCGUGUUAUGUAUGAACGGUUUACUGGUGGAAGCAAGAAUUUUCUACCUCUGUUUGAUCCAAUUCGGGACACAUUUGACUCUAUUCGGUCACGGUCUUUAUUUUGUUUUACGGUGAUUAUCUAUCUCGCGAGUCGCGCCGUAUCUGAUUUGCGCGGUGACACACACAUGCAAAGGGUUUUGCAGGAUGAGGCACAUCGCCUAGCCGAAGACAGUUUUUUCGAACGACCCACUAAGCUAGAGACUGUUCAGGGCAUGAUUCUUCUCGCUGCUUACUCGGAAAAAACCUGGUUCUCAAUAGCGCUUAUUCUUCGUACUGCCUUGGACUCCGGGCUAGAAAAAUCACUAGACACUUUGCUGUAUCAGGACGAUAUACCACGGAGCUCACUCUCUGCUUCUAUGGCAGAUCGUCAGCUAGUAUGGCAAACGAGAACCUGGCUUAUCAGUUUCACAUUGGAAUUGGACGUAGCAUCCGGCACUGGGCGCAAGUCCCGCAUUGCUGAGGUGGACGUGGCGAAACUCUAUAGAUUUCUUGAUUGUCCACUUUCUUUGCCGGCUGAUAUGCGCACGGUGAGUAUAAUUGAACUUCAUCAGUUACGAGGUCAAUCGCGAGUUGUCAUCGACAGUACGACAACGACAUCUGAUAUUAUUAGCAAAGAGCUACCAGCCAUUAUGGGAAGGCUUGAAAAUUGGUGGACAAAGUGGGAUCAGACUCAUGACCAAAACGGCUUCCAUGCAGGAGCUUUCCAACGCAGCAGCCUGAAGCUUAUGCUUCAUUAUGCCAGAAUCUUUGUCUUUUGUAUUUCACUGGCGCGUAUUCAACGACUACAGCCUGCUUACGUAAACUCAGAUCCGGAAAAGAUGGAUCAAAACGUCAUGAAACUAUGGCAAUCACUUAUAACUACCAUCAUGGAGCAAUUAGCGUUUCUAAUAAACGAGUCAUCUUAUCGCUAUCAGCUAACAUGGGCACCAACAUACCCAGCUUUAACAGUCGCAUUUGUUACAACGUUUGCUCUUCGAAUCGCAAGAUGGUGUCCAAGCUUGAUAGAUCAGUCGUUACUUCUAGAAAGAGCGGAAAAGAUCUGCGAUUUUCUAAAGCAGCCUCCAUACCCUGACAUUCACCGCACCGUCUCCAUCUUCGUAAAUUAUGCACGUGCCUUAAUUGCCACUCAACGCCGGGAAACUGAGGAUCAUGGUAAUGAUAUCAUUUUAUCCGAACAAUGUGAUCAAUUAUCACCUUCAAACAAUGGUUCUGACAGUGUCAUGGUGAAUGCACAACCUCUUCCAGCAAGAGAAGGCAUGCUUGAAGAUACCUAUUACCAAGGUUGUUCCAACACACAGCCUAAUAAGAAUUCGCAAUCUUCGUCAGUGGUAAAUGGUGGCAUUUCUUCUACAGCCAGGCCUCCCAAUUCUCGAUUUCCCGAAUCGAUGGAUGCUCCCAAUUGGACUAUGUCCAAUUCCAUUGCUGACUCAUUUGGCCUUUUUGAAGAAGGACAGAAUGAUAUCUUUGAUUUUUUACCUACAAUGCCUUCUAUACCGCAAUAA